AUGAACCUCACCGCUCAGGAACAAGAGGACCUGUGCCGCUACUGUGACACCCUGACUCUGCGUGGGGAUCCUGAAGAACCACAGGAACCCCUGAACACCUCUCAGAGCAUGAAGUCUGGCAUCAGCCACCUCUCUCCCUCUAAUAAGGAGACUAUCAUGAUAACGCUCCAUGGGGCAAUCAACCUUCCUACCUGCAAGGAUGGCUCUGAACCAUGGCCCUAUGUGAUAGUGAAAACCACCACUCAGGACUCAAAGAGCCAGGACUCCAAGGCGGUCUCAUCUGUGACCCCAGAGCCCACCAGAUCCCCCAUCUGGGGGGACACAGUGAAUGUUGAGCUCCAAGCAGAGAAUGCCGGGCAUGAAGAUGUGGUGCUCAGGGUGAUGGACAGCAAAAAGAAAGAGGAGCUGCUGUCCUAUCAAAUCCCCAUCAAGUAUUUACGUGUCUUCCACCCCUAUCACUUUGAAUUGGUGAAGCCCAUCCAGUCUGGGAAAUCUGGUGAAGACACAUCCAAGACCAAACUGUUUGCGACAGUCGUCCGGAAAGGCAGCUUCAUUCCCCACUACAUUGGCCACAACCACACAGCUCUGGAGGUCUUUCUCCGGGGAGUCAAUGAGCCCCUGGUCAACAACAGCAGCCCCAUAGUGGUGAUUGCCCGAGUGGUUCCCAACUACAAUGAGUUUAAGUCCAGCUGGAUAAACAAAGACCCAGAAUCCCUGGGCCUGCCUAUCACCCAACUCUCCUUCCCGAUUUCAUCAGUGAUGAGCUUUGAUGUUCCUCGGGUCAGCAAGAACGGAUGCCCUCAGCUGACUGAGCCUGCAAGGUCCCCAGAACUGCCUGUAUGGAAUCAGUCCUUCCUCUUCCAAGGCUGUGAUGGAGCCACCGACUUCUCAGAAGACACAGCACUGGUCCUGGAGUACUAUGCCUCAUCACUGAAAGGCAGUGAGCCAUGGACCUUCAACCAGCCUCUGGGCUUCUCUGUGUUGCCACUCAAAAGCCGUUUGUACCGCAAGAUGUUGUCUGGGAAGGGCCUGAGCGGGCUGCGCUUGGAGCGGCUCCCCAUCCUGAAUACCAACCUGAAGACCAUAAAUGGCGAGGCCCCCACGGUGGAUCUCUCCUUCCAGCUGCAUUCCUCCGAGAGGCCAGAAAACUUCCUGACAUCAAGCAACAGUAAGCUGCUACCCAUCCUGGAUCCCAAGAUCCUAGAUGAUACUCUGCGCGCCAUCCAGGAGUCCUGGUCAAAGUCCACUGUGAGCUCUAGAACGGAUUCCAGCACAAUCAGCCUUCAGGAGACAGAGGAGGAGCCUCAGGAGGCAGAGACGUUCAGUGAAAAGGAAAUUAACAACUACCGGCGGGCCAUGCAGAAGAUGGCUGAGGACAUCCUGGCACUGCGGAAGCAAGCCAGCAUCCUGGAGACUGAGAACCGUAUGCUGAGAAGCCACCUGAACCAGCAGGAGGCAGAGGAGGAACAGGACCAAGCUGAGGAGGCCCAGAACCUGGUGUCCAUGAAGCAGAAGCUGCUGCUGAGUGAGGUGGGCACGAAGAAACUGAGGGACAAGGUGCAGCAUCUGCAGAAUGAGCUGAUUCGAAAGAAUGACCGGGAGAAGGAGCUGCUCCUCCUGCACCAGGCUCAGCAGCCUCAGGCCGGGCUGCUGAAGAAGUACCAGGACAGGCUGCAGAAGAUGAAGGCACUGGAGAAGACCGUGUGGCACCAGGAGAAGGUGAUUGAGAAGAUGGAGCGGGUUCUGGAGGACAAGCUUCGGGACAGGAAUGAGCCCUUCCUGAACAAGCAGCAGGGAAAGUCGAACAUAGCUUUCCCCGCACUCUCGGCCUCCGGCCUUCCCCAGGAUCCUGUGAGGGAGAACUUGCUUGGUGACCUUUACUCAGUCUUGCUGGUAGAAAACUCAAGGCUGCGGGCAGAGCUGGAUAAAACACGCCACCAGUCUGCCCCCAUCAUUCUGCAACAGCAGGCCCUUCCGGAUCUCCUUUCCAAUACCUCAGACAAAUUUAACCUCCUAGCCAAGCUUGAGCAGGCUCAGAGCCGAAUCCUGUCUUUGGAAAACCAGUUAGAGGACUCAGCCCGACGCUGGGGGCAGGAGAAGCAAAACUUGGCCAUACGGCUUCAGGAGCAAGAACACGGCUUAAGCAACACUGGCCUCACCAGUCAGCCCAGCCCCCCAACCUACUCCAAGGACCAAAGGUGGCCCUCAAAACAGGACCACCAAGAGAAGCCCAGUUCAAAGACUUCUCUCAACCAGCCAUCAACCUCCCAGAAGACCUCUAUGUCCAAGAAAACCUGA